GGCGCUCACACCCGUCCGCGCCCGCUGCCAGGCAGUGGCGGGGAUGGCCAGGCGCGGAGCCGAGGCGGUGCCGCCAUUGGCCGAGGAGGCCUGAGGGACGGGUGUGAGCGAGGAGACGCCGGCGAGGCCCCGAGAGAGCGCGGGCGAUGGAGGCCAACGUGCCGAAGCGGAAGGAGCCUGGCAAGUCCCUGCGCAUCAAAGUCAUCUCCAUGGGCAACGCCGAAGUGGGGAAAAGUUGUAUUAUAAAAAGAUACUGUGAGAAAAGAUUUGUGUCAAAAUACCUCGCAACAAUUGGAAUUGACUACGGAGUGACAAAGGUGCAAGUCAGAGAUAGAGAAAUCAAAGUGAACAUCUUCGAUAUGGCCGGACACCCCUUCUUCUAUGAGGUUCGUAACGAGUUUUACAAGGACACACAGGGCGUGAUCCUUGUCUAUGAUGUUGGGCAAAGAGACUCCUUUGAGGCCCUUGACGCGUGGCUGGCAGAGAUGAAGCAAGACCUCGGACCUCAGGGAAACAUGGAAAACAUCGUAUUUGUAGUGUGUGCCAACAAGAUUGACCUUACUAAGCACCGUAGUGUGGAUGAAAGUGAAGGGCGCCUUUGGGCUGAAAGUAAAGGGUUCCUGUACUUUGAAACUUCAGCCCAGACAGGAGAAGGAAUCAAUGAGAUGUUCCAGACCUUUUACUUCGCCAUUGUGGAUUUCUGUGACAACGGUGGGAAGCGCCCAGUGCCCGGCAGCAGCGCCACCUUCACCAAAGAGCAGGCGGACACCAUCCGCCGAAUCCGGAGCAGCAAAGACAGCUGGGACAUGCUGGGGCUCAAGCCCGGGGCUUCACGGGAGGAAGUCAACAAGGCCUACCGGAAGCUGGCGGUGCUGCUGCACCCUGACAAGUGUGUGGCACCGGGCAGUGAGGAUGCCUUCAAAGCCGUGGUGAAUGCCCGUACGGCCCUCCUGAAGAGCAUCAAGUAGGCAGACCCAGUGAGGACCCUGCCUUGAAGGCUCCAAGUCAUGCUGUGGCAAGACCCAAGCGCCUCUAAGUCCACCCCCUCCCAUCUCCGUCUUGCUCCCUGCACCCAGCAUUUCACCCCUUCACUAUCCGCUCCGGAGCAGCGUCCCAUUGGCCCUCAGAUCUGGGUGUUUCGGUUCUUGGGUCCCAUGGAACUUCACUCAGGAACGCCGUGAGGUUUCUAGAGGGUGGGCAGGAUGCCCCUUAUCUACUCUGUUUCAUCAUUCAUUGAAGGGGAUGCAGUGACCUCUCAGCACACACCCGCACACACACACCUGCAAGUGUGGGGCACUCGCUUUGACCCAGACCUUUUGUUGGGGACCUGGUGGCCUGCAGCCUCUGGCAAGUAUGACAAGAGCUGAGUGUCCUGAAUCACAGGGCACAGUCUCUCUUCCCCUUCUCUCACCAUCUGAGAGAGAGACAGGCCUGGGCAGAGGAAAGGUGGGCACCUGGGUCCUGCCACUAUCUUCCAGCCCGGGCAUGGGGAUGUGUGG